CUUCGGACGUGGAGUUGUGUGAAAUUUCUCCGUUCAAAAUUACUUCGCCCUGUGUUUAUUAGCGCAGGACAAGUUAGGAUGAAUAUACAGAAUGGUAGUACUAGUCUUACUGAAUCCAACCAAUCCUCACGAUGGUUCUCAUCUAGUCGGGUUUUGCAGAAAAAAGAGUUGGUCAAUAUAUAUUUUCAUAAUCGAGAUGGGAACAAAGUUGCGGCGAAAGCAUCAGUUGGGGACAACUUACUAGAUGUUAUCAUUGACAAUGAUAUUGAUAUUGAUGGAUUUGGUGCUUGUGAAGGAACCAUGGCCUGCUCAACAUGUCACCUUAUCUUUAAGCAAGCAGAUUACGAUUCCAUCCCAGAUAAACCGACAGAUGAGGAAUUAGAUAUGUUAGAUUUGGCUUAUGGAUUAACAGAUAGGUCACGGUUAGGAUGUCAGGUUUAUGUACGGAAAGACAUGGAGGGUUGGGAGGUGACUGUACCCACAUCUGUAGCAGAUGCUCGUGAACCAUGAUGCUGGCUUUCUGUGAUAUGCCUUUAAUGCUUAUUUUAACAGUAUUUAUUCAGAGACAAAUGACAUUGCUAAUGUUCUUGACUUUCCAAAAAAAAUUAGAUAUACCGUACGUGUAUAUUGAUCAGGGAUAGCUAUGUAGAAAGUAGAACAGACAAAUUACAGAACAUGUAUAUGGAAGGUGUUGCAUGUGAGCUCAUGGUUUUCUAUGCUAAAAUUCACAAUCUUGUGAAAAUCUGCUUUGCACCAUUUCCAUGAUAGUGUUCAUUUGUGUCUCAUGUCGGCAUCCUGGUAUGUGUAACCAGUGGUCAAUACACCCCCCGAUAUUUCAGACCCCUGGUGAAAAGGGUACGCUUUAGAUGCAUUGUAACGUUCAAGAUAAAAGUGCCCACGCAGCGCCUCGCAGUCGCAUGCAUCCGAUUCUCUGAAUUUUUUAUGUUGUAGCAUGUUAUCCAAAUACGUUUUUGCUUGAGACUGCGUUGGUAGUGUUCAGGAAAAAAGUGCCCAAUCCGAGCGUCGCAAGCAAUAAGCAUUAAAUUCUCGGAAUUUCAUCAAAACAAUGUGUUUGCUAUUGCAUUUGCACUACGAACUGCAAUUGCCAUUUAAUUAACAAUUAUGUUAUCUCCCCCCCCCCCCCCCACCGUUGCAGGUAUAGUAAAUUUUACAAAAUACACUUAAGAGCAGUGUGUCUAACAGGGUAAAAUAGGUAUGGAAUAAUAAACUAAAGCAUUGGAAAUUGUAAACCUGAUUGAACUUGUUUAACUCUUUCAGCCUGUCACAUGGUUAGAUCUGAAAACCAAGCGAAUUUCUAAAAAUCAGACUUUCAAAAUCGGCAUGCAAUAGCACAGAUUGCGACGCCAUCUGAUAACUACCAAUCAAAACUACAAUCGAUUGGAAAGAUUGUCAGUGCAUUGUGAUAUGUUGAUUGAGUCACCACAAGUGUAUCUAAGGUGAAGGCAUCAUCUGACAGUGCUGAUUUUGAAAAAUCGUGAGUAUACGGUCUGCGGCUGUGAAAUCAAACCAUGGCGGACCGUAUAUAUACGGCUUGUGGGCUGAAAGAGUUAAAAUAUGAUUUGUUGAAUUUUUAUAUUCAUGUACGAGUGUGUCAAGUAAUCAAAACAGCUGCUCUUUGCAGUGGGUUUUAUAGUUUUUUCUCAGGGUUUUGUUCAUGACAUUGAAGUGAAAAACACCUGAAUCUCAGGAUGCAUGUCAGGGGCUAGAAAAACGCAUAUUGAUAAGUUCACUGAAUCGAGUGCAUCUUGCCAGGCUUGCCAGUUGACCUAUCGUACUCUGUGAACUCAAUUAACCCCUUUGCUGUGGAUGACGUGCAUAGCACAUCAUGUACAUAGUCCCAUGUCGUUGAGGUGACGUGCAUUGCACGUCAUGCAAUUCUAAAAUAUUUAUUCACCAGCGCUUGCUCGCAACCUCUCUAGAUACUCCAAAGGCACUUGGGGGGAAUGAUUUGUUUCAUCUUAUAGAUGGCAACACUUUCGAAUAUUUUCGAGCAUUCAGUUUCAAGUUAAAUGCCUACGCCGUUCGUUAAAGAUGUUGAAUUUGUAAUUGAAUUUAAAAAUGUCCAAUUGCAGAAAUACGUACUAAAUAUAAAUUUGAACACUGCCAUUGUGUAGACUGAUAUACAAAUGCUAUCAAUACUAAGUUUAAACAAUCUUGUAUUUGUAAUAACUGCACUACGGCAUUGUUUAUUAGCGGAUUUCUAUUUAACUGGAAUGCUAGUAAUUACGAACGGCGUACGCCUUUAACUCUAAAGUUUAUUAUUGGCCUCGACUGUCAGCACAUGAAAAAUGGCUGCCGCAGCGAAAGGGUCAAGCAAGAUGAAUGUUUUAAUGUUGCCUUGCUGUUACCAAUCACCACUCAAAUGUAGUUGUAUAAGAUCUAGUUGCAAACUAGAACGUUUUACUGUUACCAAUCACCAUUCAAAUGUAGUUGUAUAAGAUUUAGUUGCAACCCAGAACCUUAUGCUGUAACCAAUCACCAUGCAGAUGUAGUUGUGUAAGAUUGCAACCCAGAACCUUUAGCUGUAGCCUUGCUGUUACCAAUCACCAUUCAGAUGUAGUUGCACUACGGCAUUGUGUAUUAGCGGAUUUCUAUUUAACUGAAAUGUUAGUAAUUACGAACAGCGUAUGCCUUUAACUCUAAAGUUUAUUAUUGGUCUCGACUGUCAGCACAUGAAAAAUGGCUGCCGCAGCGAAAGGGUCAAGCAAGAUGAAACCUUUUAAUGUUGCCUUGCUGUUACUAAUCACCACUCAAAUGUAGUUGUAUAAGAUCUAGUUGCAAACUAGAACGUUUUACUGUUACCAAUCACCAUUCAAAUGUAGUUGUAUAAGAUUUAGUUGCAACCCAGAACCUUAUGCUGUAACCAAUCACCAUGCAGAUGUAGUUGUGUAAGAUUGCAACCCAGAACCUUUAGCUGUAGCCUUGCUGUUACCAAUCACCAUUCAGAUGUAGUUGUAUAAGAUUGCAACCCAGAACCUUUAGCUGUAGCCUUGCUGUUACCAAUCACCAUUCAGAUGUCAAGAUGUAGUUACCUGCUGGAACAUUUUGCUGUAACCUUGCUGUUACCAAUCACCAUGCAGAUGACAAGAUGUAGUUUUGCUGUAGCCUUGCUGUUACCAAUCACCAUUCAGAUGUCAAGAUGUAGUUACCUGCUGGAACCUUUUGCUGUAACCUUGCUGUUACCAAUCACCAUGCAGAUGACAAGAUGUAGUUUUGCUGUAGCCUUGCUGUUACCAAUCACCAUUCAGAUGUCAAGAUGUAGUUACCUGCUGGAACCUUUUGCUAUAACCUUGCUGUUACCAAUCACCAUGCAGAUGACAAGAUGUAGUUUUGCUGUAGCCUUGCUGUUACCAAUCACCAUUCAGAUGUCAAGAUGUAGUUACCUGCUGGAACCUUUUGCUGUAACCUUGCUGUUACCAAUCACCAUUCAGAUGUCAAGAUGUAGUUUUGCUGUAGCCUUGCUGUUACCAAUCACCAUUCAGAUGUCAAGAUGUAGUUACCUGCUGGAACCUUUUGCUGUAACCUUGCUGUUACCAAUCACCAUUCAGAUGUCAAGAUGUAGUUUUGCUGUAACCUUGCUGUUACCAAUCACCAUUCAGAUGUCAAGAUGUAGUUGCCAACUGCAACCUUUUGCUGUAGCCUUGAUGUUUCCAAUCACCAUUCAGAUGUCAAGAUGUAGUUUUGCUGUAGCCUUGCUGUUACCAAUCACCAUUCGGAUGUCAAGAUGUAGUUGCCAACUACAACCUUUUGCUGUAGCCUUGCUGUUACCAAUAACCAUGCAGAUGUAGUUGUAUAUGAUUGCAACCCAGAACCUUUAGCUGUAGCCUUGCUGUUACCAAUCACCAUUCGGAUGUCAAGAUGUAGUUGCCUGCUGGAACCUUUUGCUGUAACCUUGCUGUUACCAAUCACCAUGCAGAUGCAGUUGUAUAAGAUAUAGUUGCCAGCUGGAACCUUUUACUGUUACCUUGCUGUUACCAAUCACCAUGCAGACGCAGUUGUACAGGUAUAAGUAAUAUAAUGCUGCUUUCAAACUGCAAUCUCAAACCUUUCGAGGUUCAUCCGGUUUGAGAUGCCUUUAAAGUGGUAUUAGACCUUAAAGGCCUAUGCCGUUCGUUAAAAAUUUUGAAUUGUAAUUGAAUUUUAAAAUGUCCAAUUUCGAAAAAAAAUACUAAAUAUAAAUUUCAACAUUGCCCUUGAGUAGACUAUACAAAGUUUUAACAAAUUUGUAUUCACAAUAACUGCACUGUGGCAUUGUGUGUUAGUGGAUUUCUAUCUAACUGGACCACAAGUAAUCACGAAUGGCGUACCCCUUUAAACCAGUUCGACAUGACAAACGAUAGAAGAUAGUUUACAUGUAAGUAGAAAGAUUUAAUUCUCAGUAACUUGUUGUAAUAAAUGACGUGUGUUGAUAAA